CGAGGAGAAGAGAACCGCAAGCUGUCUUGAACCCCCUUUUCAUCCUCUCAUCUCAUCUGGGGGAGGGAUAUGUAGCUGUGCGUGUCCAACUCCUAUUCCCUUUCUCGGUGGCAGGGCAUCAAAGACGAAGACGAACUUGUAUUCUGUGCGGCUGAUUGCAGAACUGGCACAGUCUUGACGCCUGAGGUCCUGGAACCGUGAUCCCAGGUAGACCGAGAUCUACUGUACCCUGGAGACGAGCUUCCUCAUGGAGGCCACCAGUUGCAGAGGCUGAUAGUGAAAUUAAGGCGCUCGAUUGUUCCUGAGUUCCGGAGGAGGGCAGAGACCCCUGGUACACCUGCAGAUUAGAUUUUUCCAAAAAGCCCAAACAUCUUGUUGAUAUUCAGAUACCUCAUCAUUGUGGUUCAUGGCUAGCAUCAUUGCACGCGUGGGUAAUAGCCGGCGGCAGAACCCACCCUUGCCACCGUGGGCCCAUUCUAUGCUGAGGUCCCUGGGGAGUAGACUUAGACCUUUAAUGGCCAACAUGGCAGAGAGAAACAUGAAGUUGUUCUCAGGGAGGGCGGUGCCAGCCCAUGGGGAAGAAACCUUUGAAAACUGGCUGAUCCAAGUAAAUGGGGUCCUGCCAGAUUGGGAUAUGUCUGAGGAAGAGAAGCUGAAGCGCCUGAUGAAAACCCUUAGGGGCCCGGCCCGGGAGGUCAUGCAUUUGCUCCAGGCAGCCAACCCCAACCUAAGUGUGGCAGAUUUCUUGCACUCAAUGAAAUUGGUGUUUGGGGAGUCUGGAAGCAAUGUGACUGCCCAGGAUAAUUUUUUUAACACCCUGCAGGCACAAGGGGAGAAAGUCUCCCUUUAUGUGAUCCGUUUAGAGGUGCAGCUCCAGAACGCUAUUCAGGCAGGGAUCAUAGCUGAGAAAGAUGCAAACCAGACCCGCUUGCACCAACUCCUUAUAGGGGCUGAGCUGAAUGGGGACCUACGCUACAGGCUGAAGCGUCUUCUCAGGAUGUAUGCAAAUGAGCAGGACCGUCUUCCCAAUUUCCUGGAGUUAAUCAGAAUGAUAAGGGAGGAAGAGGAUUGGGAUGACACUUUUAUUAACCAGAAGCGGGUCAGGAGAUCUGAGUCAAUGGUGGAGAGAGCAACCAGCCCAGUGGCAUUUCAGGGUGCCCUACGGAUAGUGAUCGGCAAUGCUGACUGCAACGUGAUAGAGAUAGAUGACACUAUGGAUGACUCCGAUGAAGAUGUAAUCCUGGUGGAGUCUCAGGACCCUCCACUUUCAUCCUCGGGUUCUCCUCCCCCCAGACGCAGGGCCAGACCUCAGGACCAAGUGGUAGUCAUUGAUUCUCCCGACAGUCCCCAGGCUCAAUUUCCUUCCACCAGUGGGGGUUCUGGAGAUAAGAUUGAUCAUCCUGGGGAUUUUCGUAGAGCCAGGAAGCGAAAAUACACAACUCACUGCUCAUAUUGUGGCAAGGAGGGGCACUCCAAGGAAACUUGUGACAAAGAGAGCAACAAGGCCAAGGUGUUUGAGAAUUUGAUAAUCACCCUGAAGGACCUGGAGGAGGGGUCAAGAGAGGCUCCUGAUGAACCUGAUGACCCUUCUGAAUACAGUGAGGUGCUAGCCCCCAGCCUUAAAUGAACCCUUAAGCUAUAUUCAGAGUCUAGUGAUGGGAAAACUGUGGGAGGGGGCUUCUAACUGCAUGAAUUAAUCCACAAAGGGUCUUGGAUACCAACACAGUGGAGGAAGAUGGCCUGUCCUCUGUCCUUGCUCCCCACCCCCGCCUCUGCUGCCUAAGGGUCUAUUUUCUGUGUGUGCCCAUUUCCUUGAUGGCUUUAUUCUCUUUGUGAAAGUGGUAUAACUCACUGUUAAAUCUUCAAACAAUAAAAAAGUACAAAAAGUAAAGUACAAAUUACACCAAAUCUUCUACCCUUAUAAUAAUGUCAACCCUUUGAUGAAUAUCCUUGUCAACCCUCUGAUGAAUAUCCUUCUAGAUAUUUCCCUAAACCGAUGUACCCAGAUACAUACAUGUACAGAUAAAAGUGUUCAAAUAUAAGUGCUGUUCUAUAGUCUGUAUUUUUCCACCAAACAAUUUAUGUUGUGGGCUUCUUUGUAUAUCAAUAAAUAUAUAUCAGCAUCUA